CAAAUUCAAAAACAAAAAAAAAAAAAACUUGCCAUUUUCCAUGCAAGGGCAAUCCCGUCAUUUCGCACAUCCUCAACUAUAAAAUUUCGCCGGCCUCCGUAUCUAUUUUGCCGCCACUUUUCUAGCAAACACUCAACACUUUGUUUUACUCUUCACCCAUUUUUCUCAACAACAAAAUCAGCACAAAACAAAAAUUCUCCCAAAAAAUCUAAAAAAACACACUCUCACCCUCACUGCGUGUUCUCCGCCAAUUCCCGAUAUGCAGAGCCACGGCGGCGCCACCGCCGCGAAGAAGGCGAAAUCAAGAGAAGUGAGCCCGAGAUACCUCUCGCCUGCAUCGAGCACGGCUUCUUCUUCAUCAACAGCCGAUUAUUAUCACGGCAGCCAUGAAUCCCCAAACAGCAUUCUCUCUCCCAUCAAGCAGAAACCCGAUUUAAGAAAGUCCAAAACCCUAAAAAAUUCCGGCUUUCUCCGCGGGCUCUGGCCGUCAUCGUCCGUGCCGUCGUCGAAGCCGAAGAAGAAGCCCGACACGCUCGCCGAUUUCAUCGGCGACGAGCGGCGCGAGGAGUCGGAGCGGCGGAAAAGCAAGGAGAAAUUUGAUCGGAAUCCGCCGCCGCCGCCUCUCAACCGGCAGCGGAGCUGCACCGAAUUCAGCCGGUUCGGCAACGAGCGGGAGAAUUCCAAAGAGAAUCGCAACCCGAUUUUGGGAGGAUCGAUGCGAUUCAAUUCCGAGAAGUUCAAAUUUCCCGGGAAAUCAGACGACGACAACGACGAAAAUAUCUUGCCGGGGAGAUUCUCCGUCGAUGACGUGGCAUUGAGGAAGAACUCCGUUUGCGAUUCGGGCUCCGAAUGCAGCGACGCCGGCCCGAAUUCCGAUUUCUCGCCGGCGUCGUACAUGGCCCCGACCGUCAGUUCGAGAAAGCACCGAAUCGACGUGCCGUCGCGAUUCAUGCAGGAUUUAUCUCGGUCGCGGCGGUGGAGCGGCGGCAGCGAUCAUUCGUCAGAAAAUAAUACCAAUAAUAAUAGCGGUAGCAAUAAUAAUUCUCCCAAAAUUUUCAAUUUGAAGAAGGGAAGUGGGGAUUGGGCCUGGUCGCCGGCCCGAACAGGAUCUCCGAGACCUCCGUUGGGCGAGAAUAAGGGGAAGAUGGCGGCGAAGCCACCGACGAGCCCUUCGAAGGGGAAAGGAGUGGGGAAUAUUUUGAGUUUGGGGUUUGAAAAAUUGCUCAAGGGGAGGAAAUCGUCGUCGAGUUUGUCGUCGGGGUUGUCGGUGCUCGGGCCGGGCUCGGCGGAGAAUGUUCAUGGGCUGCGGUUGCUGCAUAAUGGGUUGGCUCAGUGGAGGUUUAGCAAUGCAAGGGCUGAAGCUGCUAACGAGAAUUAUAUAAAAAAUGUUCAGGGCAAAUCCCAACAUGUUCAGAUUGCUCUUUUCAAGCUUCAACAAUCUAUUCUACAAAAGAAAUUUCAACUACAGAAAGAGAAAUUGGAGAUGAAAUUAGAUUACAUAUUUCACUCUCAGAUUAAGGCAUUGGAGGCUUGGGUAAAUAUGGAGAAGGAACAUUUAUCAGCAGUUUCAAAUACCACAGAUUCUUUGCAUAAUGUUGUUUGCAAAUUACCCCUCGUCGAUGGAGCUAAGGUUGAACCACAGUUGGCUUCAGUUGCUAUGUGUCAUGCAUCAAAUCUUGCAACCAAAAUCAAUAUGAUGGUUACUAGUUUUCAACCUACGGUUGAGAAAACGGUGGGAGUUGUGGCUGAAUUAGCCAAGGUAGUUAUACAAGAGAAGCAGUUAUUGGAAGAAUGUAUGGACCUUUUUAAAUUCAUUUCUGCAUUGGAGAUAGAAGAGAGGAGUUUGAGGGGUAGCAUGAUGCAGUUAAGGUUGAUGGAGCAGCAGCUAGGAAUGUUGGCGUAACAUCUUGUUACUCUCUCACUACAAGAUUAGUUAAAUUUGUAAAAAGUAAUGAAAUUUCGUUUGAGAAGAA